AUGGAGGAAGCCAGCUGCUCCCGCGGCCCGGAGGGCGACUCGCCGCCCGCGCCCCUGCCGCCGGCUUCCCCGCUGCCGGAGCUCUUCCUCGCGGCCGCCCCGUCCUCGAACGCCCCCCCCCCCCCGGCCCCCGCGCUGGCCGCGGUGCUGCGCUGGGCCGACCUCGCUGAGGCAGACGACGAGGCCGCCGGCCGGCCGAUCGUGCGCCAGGAACCCGCGGCUCGUCUGGCGGUGACCAGCGUGGAGAGCGAGCAGCCACCUCGGCGUGGCAGCUCGGGCCCUCUCUCGCGGUCGCGCCGGCGCGCUGCGGCGGCUCCCCCGCCGACGCCUGGCCAAAAGGCCGCCUUGGGCUCUCGGACCGCUCGCCGCCGCCGCGCUCCGGUGUGGGGUGUCGCUGGGCGGUCCGACCAAGGGAGUGCCCGCGUCUCGUGGCGCUCCGCCGCCUCCGCUGCCAUCGCCAACUUGUCCGGAGCCUCGCCGCGCCGUCCGGUCACUGCUCCGACGUACUCUCCGGUUCUCCUGCGCCGGUCUCCCAUCAGGCCAUUCAUAGCGGCUUUCGGCUCCUCUGCCCUCCGCUUCUCGCCCCGCCUCGCACCCCGACGCCCCUGGCUCGAUCCCUCCUCGUCCCUGGCGCCGGCGCCGGCCGCGGCGGCGGUGGCGGCGGGAGGGGAAACCCUCGCAGCCACCUCCCUGCCCUGCUGGCUGGGCUGCACCCAGUCGGACCGGCCGAGGCCUGGGCCCGUCGCGGGCCUGUGGGCCGCGCCUAGCACGAGCAGGCCCUCCCCGCCCGUGGCCUCGCGUGGGCCGGCCAUCCCGAUGGGCCGAUCGAUAUGGCCUCCUGCCGGCUUCCCUAGGCCCCCCUCAUCGCAUCGGGUUCGAGUACCCGCUCCAGAGACCCUAGCCGUCGCUCCAUCCUCCUUCCCCGCCGCCACCCCGCCCCGCUUGCUCUGUGCGCCGCCUCCAUCUGCGGCCGCGCCAUCUGAGCCCGCGCCUAUGCCCCACGAGUGGGAUGACGAGGAGACCCGCCCCAAGCGUCGCGCCGAUGACCGCCGGGACGCCGCGCGCCCUUCCCCCGACGCAGUGCGCCGCGAAGACGACCUUUGCCGGCAGCUUUCGACACGGGACGGCCGGCGAUCCCCGCCGCGCUCCGACCGCCGCUCCCCUCCGUGCCGCUCGCCGGGUCGGGCUGACCGCCGGGGCCGCUCCCGGUCCCGCUCGCCUGCUCCUACUGCGGAAUGGAGGAGCCAGCGCCGCCGCUCUCCUUCUCCGCAGCGUCGCCGAGACAGUAGCCACUCCCCAGUCCGCGGGGGUCGCUCGCGCUCUCCUCCACGCCCCCAACAGCAGCAGCAGCCAGCUCCCAAUGCCACCUCCCGCCGGUACCAGCCCCCACGAGGCGAACCAGCUUUCCCUCCCAACACCAAUGGGGCUGGCCGAGGCCGGCAGGGGGCAAAGAAGAAGAAGAAGAGGGGACUCGGCCGCGGUAACGGCGCCGCUCCAUCAGCUAGGGGUGGCGCCAGGACUGGCCGCUCCCACUCCUCGGCACCGCCGCCGCCCGCCGACGGCAGUGCGCGUCCGACGCGAGCCUCCAGGUUUUCCCGGCGUCGUGCCCCCACUCCCCCGGAGUCCCUCCCGGCAUCCUCGCGGCCGUCUCCACCGUGGGCGACUCGACCCCAGCACCCCAGCUCCCUCCCACGGCGGCUGCGACCUCUGAGGUGGUGGGGGUGGCCUCGGACCGACCUCCUGCGGCCCCUCUCGACGAGCCGGUCCUGCCGGACCUGGAGGAGCCCGAUUCCCUCCCAGGCGCCGACAUGGCCCCGAUUCCGCUCGCCUCCACCAUGAUCCAGAUCGCUUCUCCACCGGCCCGAUCACUUCUCCACCGGCCCUGCUCCUGGCCACCUCGUGCACCGCGUCCGGCGGGGCGUUGGCGGUGGUGACCACUCCAGUGGCCGCCCCCCCCCCCCCCCCCCCCCACCACUCCCCCCUCGGACCGCGGCCCACUCCAGGCGGGGCAGAUCGACCUCGACUCCGGUGACGUCCUCGCGCUGCAGUGCCAGGAUCGAGGCGGCCAGACCGGAGGGCAGCCCAGCUCUGCCUAUUCCAGAGCGGGCGGAGCUCCGGGCAGCUGCCCGGAACCUCGAGCCAGAGGCCCAGGCAUCAACGAACUUUGGGUGCAACCGGUGGGAGGAUUUGUUCAGCCUGUAUGGAUGACGAUAUGCGAUUGAGUCAUCUAAUCUUGUUAUGGCCUGGUGGGGUUUUUUCUUUUUCAAUUUUGUAUAACGGUGUGGAUCUUUGGUAUGUUCCUUUUUAGUUAGGAUGAUCGUGUGCAUCACCAGAUGCAGAGGCCUGGGAAAAACCCUUCAUUUCGGAAAAAAAUUGACAAUGAAUGGAUUGAUGAUUAAUGUUAGUACAAAGCAGUGUGGAGUGUUGCACGGUGUACCUAAUUACUACUCAAUGCUGUGCCGAGUAGCAUCGUAUCAUCGUAUGAGAAGUAAUUUUCCACUGAAAA